AGCCGACAUGCCUUAUAUACCAGUUCCGGCGUGUCAUGCCCCGGCUCCGGAUGUCUGUGUGACAAGAAGAGCAGAUCCUACCUCAACACGAUGAGGUUCUUCGAAAGUUUUACGGCGUUGGCGUUACUUGCUUGCGGCGUGAACGCGACGCUCCAGAUCGUACCUGGUGGAACCUGGACAGCUACCAACACUGGGAAACAUAUCCAAGCGCAUGGCGGUGGCAUGCUCAAAAUGGGUGAGACCUACUACUGGGUCGGCGAAGACAAGACGGACGGCUCGGCUUUCCAGAACAUCAACUGCUACUCCAGUCAGAACCUCGUGGAAUGGAAAUACGAAGGUGCUCUGCUCUCGCGCACCAGCUCUGGCGAUCUUGGACCGAACCGCAUCAUCGAGCGCCCGAAGGUCAUUUACAACAAGGCCACGAAGAAGUACGUACUUUGGAUGCACAUUGACAGCAGUAACUACGGCGAUGCGAAAGUCGGUGUCGCGACUGGGGAUACUGUUUGCGGGAAGUUUGAGUACAAGGGGAGCUUUAGGCCGCUGAAUUUUGAGAGUCGGGAUAUGGGAUUGUUCGUGGAUGACGACGACAAGGGGUAUCUUUUGACCGAAGACCGAAAGAACGGCCUCCGCAUCGAUCUCCUUUCAGACGACUACCUCACCGUCAAGAGCUCCACCUACCUCUGGAAAGACAGCAUCGAAUCGCCCGCCAUGAUCAAGAAGAACGGCGUCUACUUCAUGUUCGGCUCUAAGCUAACAGGCUGGGAUCCUAACGACAACGUCUACAGCACUGCAACCCAGAUCUCCGGCCCGUGGUCCUCCUGGAAAACCUUCGCCGACUCCGGAUCCAAAACCUACACCUCGCAAACAAACUUCAUCCUGCCGCUCGGUGACAAUGCUAUGUACAUGGGUGAUCGCUGGGUCUCAAGUAACUUGAUGCGGUCUACGUAUGUAUGGCUGCCGUUGACGCUCUCUGGCACGACAGCGAGCAUGAAGAACGCUGUGAACUGGGUCCCGAACGUGCAAUCUGGAUCCGCAUCUUCCGGCCCUAGCGAGAACAGCUACGAAGGCGAGUCUGCGCAGCUUUCGGGCGGAGCUAAGACCGUUUCCUGCUCUGGGUGCUCAGGGCAAAGUUCCGCGGGCUAUGUCGGCGGAGACAAUAACGGAGUGGUUACGUUUUCGGAGGUACAGAGUUCGGCGACGACGCGUACGACGAUCCGCAUCAAGUAUCUGAAUGGGGAUAGCAGCCAAAGGUUUGCGGAUGUAAGUGUCAAUGGAGGAGCCGCGCAGAGGGUUGCUUUCCUACCUUCAGGAGGGUCGGAUCCGGUUUCGAGUUCGCUCCACGCAGAUUUGAAGGCGGGCUCGAAUACGAUCAAAGUCAGUAUGAGCGGUUCAUGGGGACCGGAUAUUGAUCGGUUGAUGGUGCCGUCUUCGUAGUUUGAUACAUAUUAGCAAAUAUCACGUGCGGCAUGAAGGCA